GUCGGACCCUGCAUGUAUUUUUAACGGAAAUACGAACGCAGCCAGUCGACGGAUUUUUGUGCGAGACUUCCGGUCAAGCACUUCCGCUCACUGGCUAGCUAAACUCACUUUUCACCGUAGCAGUUAAUCCUUCGUAACAACUAAGUUAACAAAUCGUUAUGGCUUCGAGGAAGACUGGGAUUGUUUGUGCAGUUAGAGGGUGUCAUAAUAACUGGUACAAAAGAAAAAUUUAUUUGGAGCAGGAGUGUUUUAAUCACCGAACGCGUACGAGAGCUGAAUGUAUAUGCGAUGUACCCUUCGACCUUUGCCCGCCGCCGAAGAAUGAGGAACCCCUUCGCCUGUGGUUAAAAGCUUUAAAUUUGAAGAAACCACCGAAGCGACCGUAUGUUUGUUCUUUUCAUUUCGUGAACACAAGACCUACAGAAGACCACCCGAUACCAGAAAAGUGGCUGGGCUACGAAGUCCCAAUAAAAACUCUAAGGAGACGUGUCAGGAGGUUAGCAGACACAGUCUUUUUGGGUAUCUGCAUAGCUCAGGACCUUCCCUGCACUGUGACUCAUGAAGGUAGACGGACACGUUACAAUGUCCCAGAGUUCAAUGAAACCGGCUGCUAUUACCAGUGGACUAACGGCACUAAGUUCCCGCUGGCUACCCACGAGACACCUAUGGAUAAGCAGGUGGAGAUGAAAAGCCACCAGACUCUUCUUACUAAUGUGUGCUCAGAGGUGAUCUAUUACAAUCGCGACUGCCUGACCGAGGGGAGGCGAGAGGCAACCUGCACUACCAACUGCAGUGGACAGGUCAGCGCAUUUCUGCAGACUGGAGAAGCGAUUGCUCACUACCACUGGAUUGCUCCUAUUGUUGUCCCACUGCUUCUGCUGGGGCUGGGGCUAUGGCUGGGGUUCAAGAAUCGAACAUUCCGCUGUGGAAACCUCUUUUACACUUCUGUGAAGACACAGAACAACAUGCCGGAUGUGGAGGAACGUGCAUGCACUUUGUAGUUAGUGUAUGGUGUAAUUAGUUUGGACUUAAGCAAACACAAUGAGAUACAGCAUUUAUAAUAUCUUGCCACUAUAAGCUUCCUUUUUUUGUUUUGUUAUUCUGCUCACUUUUAAGCUAAAAUCAAAUCAAGUUGUCUACAGACAUAUUUUUAAAUCUCCAGUCAGCUUCUAGCAUUGACUUAAUGUACAGCACCAUGUAAUCAUAGUUUUUUUUAACAGUCUCAGCUGUGAUAAUAAUUGCACAGCCAAUAGUCAUUAAUUGGUGACACAGAUGAAUAGUUCUUGAGGCUGUGGAAGCUGACGGACUCUCUGCGGCGCCAGUGAGUGCACUUUGAGGGCCAAUUCCUACUAAUAUACCCAGGGGCCUGUAACACGCAGCAAGAUCAGACUAGUCUGGUUUUCUUUGGGUGAGCUAACAUUGUUUUAUGAGAUGAAACUGUGAUACCAGCGACAUUAGGUUACAUCUGCAGGAAAAAGUUAUGUUUUCACCCAAAGAAAGUCUGGAAAUACAAAGUGAUUCUACUGACAUAAAAGUAUAAAUAGGCUACUCUUAAUUUGUGGUCAGUUUAGUGUAAACUCAGUAUUGUCCAUGUUGGGACCCUGUUGGAAUGACAACCUGCUCCGAAGUUAAGCCUAAAGACAGCUGGCUAACCCACUAAUCUUGCUUUGUGAUACAGGCUCCUGGUCCACUCAGGACCCCAAAAUAUUGGUCUUAACGUGAGCCUAAGCUGUGGAAGCUUUUUGACUUGUAAUGGAGCACCAGAUAGUGCACUUUCUGGUCCUGUAGCAUUACAGCAAUCUCUUUAACCUCAACCUAAAGCCUUAACACACAGUAAUUUCUUUGCUUUUUGCUCUACUGUGUAGAAAAAUACAUAUCUCUUUAAAUAAAUAUUAUUCUGCGUGA